AGGGGUCGGGCCGGCUGGAAGGAAGCCCGAGACGCGGGGAUCGGGCAUGAGGCGCUGCCCGUGCCGGGGGGGCCUGAGCGACACGGAGGCCGGGGAGCUGCCCGAGGCGGCCCGCAUGGGGCUGGAGGCUCCGCGAGGGGGGCGGCGGCGGCAGCCGGGCCAGCAGCGACCUGGGCCCGGGGCCGGGGGCCCGGCUGGGCGGCCCGAUGGGGGCGAUCUGGGCCGGGCCGACCUGGGGUCCGAACUCGCCACCGAUGAUCCGAGGGAGCCCGAUCCAGCUGGCCCGGGCGCUGAGACAGAACGGCUGGAGCUGGACCCGGAGCAGUCAUCGGAACCGGAGCUGGACCCCGAUGAACCCAACCUCCAGGUGCAUCCCCCAGGGAGCACCCCCUGUCCAGACCCAGAGACAGUCCAUCUGCGAACACAGCCCAGCCUGGAUGAGCACUGUCCAGUGCUCCAGAAUCCUGAGUCUCAAACCCAAGUAGAAGGACACACAGCUUUGUCUGAGAAUCUUCCGACCCCCCUGGACAGUGACAGUCUGGCCCAGCAAGAGGGGGCCAGGCCCCUCACAGAGGCCUCCCAAGUUUCCAGCAUCUGGGAAGAAGUGUAUGCUGAUGGCCCCAGGACCCCAAUGGCCACAGAGGCCAAGGAAGGCCCCGGGAUUGAACCACUCUCUGAUGACCCUCGGACUCCCCAGGACCCCCAAGCUGUCACCCCACGGCCUGUCCCUGUCAUCACUGUCCCAGGACUAGAGGCUGAUGUCUCCUGCCCACAGCCUGGCACAGAGGAGCCCCACUCUGGAGACCCCCCUGGAACCCAGACAGAGCCUGGCACAGAGGAACCCCACUCUGGAGACCUCCCUGGAACCCAGCCUGGCACAUUCUGUCGGCUGGACAGGGCUGACCACGGAGACUCAUUAUGGGAACCAGAACCUGUGGACUUGGGGACUCAACUGUACUCUCACCUGGACGGUACCUCCCAGACCCCAGUGCCCCGCCUGGUCAUAACACCCGAAACCCCUGAGCCCGACGCCCAGCCUUUGGGACUCCUGUCCCGGGUGGAUGGGCGCAGCGGGGGCUUCUCCUCUGCAUCUUCUUUCGAUGAGUCUGAAGAUGAUGUGGUGGCAGGGGGAGGAGGUGCCAGCGACCCUGAGGACAGGUCAGGGAACAAGCCGUGGAAGAAGCUGCAGACGGUGCUGCGGUACUCGCCCUUCAUGGUGUCUUUCCGUAAACAGUACCCGUGGGUCCAGCUGUCUGGACACGCCGGGAAUUUCCAGGCGGGCGAGGACGGGCGAAUCCUGAAGCGCUUCUGCCAGUGUGAGCAGCGCAGCCUGGAACAGCUAAUGCAGGACCCGCUGCGGCCCUUCGUGCCCACCUACUACGGCAUGGUGCAGCGGGACGGGCAGGCCUUCAACCAGAUGGAGGACCUGCUGGCUGAGUUCGAGGGCCCAUGCAUCAUGGACUGCAAAAUGGGCAGCAGGACAUACCUUGAGGAAGAGCUCGUGAAGGCCCGGGAGCGGCCGCGUCCCCGAAAGGACAUGUACGAGAAGAUGGUGGCCGUGGACCCCGGCGCCCCCACGGCUGAGGAGCACGAGCAGGGUGCCGUGACCAAGCCUCGCUACAUGCAGUGGCGGGAGAGCAUGAGCUCCACGUCCACCCUGGGCUUCCGCAUCGAGGGCAUCAAGAAAGCCGACGGGACCUGCAACACCAACUUCAAGAAGACGCAGGAGCUGGAGCAGGUGACUAAGGUGCUGGAGGAAUUUGUGGAUGGUGACCUCGAGGUUCUGGGCAGGUACGUGGCACGACUGGAAGAGCUUCGCACAGCUCUGGAGAGCUCCUCCUUCUUCAAGACUCAUGAGGUGGUGGGCAGCUCCCUCCUCUUCGUGCAUGACCACACUGGCCUGGCUAAGGUCUGGAUGAUCGACUUCGGCAAGACAGUGGCCCUGCCAAACCACCAGACACUCAGCCACAGGCUGCCCUGGGCCGAGGGCAACCGCGAGGACGGCUACCUCUGGGGCCUGGACAACAUGAUUCACCUACUGAAGGGCCUGGCCCAGAGCUGAGCGCUGUGUUGGCUAGAAGAUGCCGCCAGAUGGGGGGUCCGGAGAGUAGAUGCCUGCCCUCCCCAUGACCUCUGGGGGUCGUCAGGGUGAGGGGCUGUAGGCAGGGGUCUGACCAGUCUACUGUCCUAGGGAGGCCUGUGUGGUGUUGCCAGGCCAGGCAGAGGCCCAAUUUCAUGAGCUCGUGGUGCUGCCCAUGGCUGGGGCUUAGUUUACCCAUCGUGCCCUCAGAGACAGACUCCAGAGCUGCUGCCAACCGACCCGUGGCCUGUGCCGAGUGGGAGCCAUUCAUGCUGCAGGCUGCCACCCCUCCAGGCUGCCUGUGGCAGGAGGAUGGGAGGCUUUGUCAGUGUGGGGGGGCCCCUCCCCACCUCCAGACAUGGGCCUGGGAGUGCUGCUGGCUUGACUCCAGGCUCACAUCUGGUCUAAACCAAAGAUGC